GAGGGUCCGCUGUGGAUCUGUUUCUCCAGGAUGACCUGUCUCUAUUUCUAGGUCCCAAAUUACUACCAUGAAGUUGACCUCUUUGUACUUGGUUGUGACACUUUGUGUCUUCUGCAAAGAUGGUGGAGCCCUAUUUUUUAGACUAAAGUCAGAUAAUGAAGUAGCUGAAAGCAGUUCAGGUGACUUACUGGUUGCAGGUUCACCCUUUGAUGACUCACACGGAAGGGAAUCUGUUGCUGCUUCGGUCUUCGAGACAGAACAUGGUUCUCCAGGAAAGGCUGAGGACAGGCGGCGAGAGCGACGAGACACUGAGAGUUUAGAGCUAGAGGACACCCCAGCAGAGGAAACCACUACGGCAAGUAGUUCUGACAGCACUGACUCUGGUGGUACGGAUGCUGCUGCCACUGAUUCAAAUCAAAACGAAGCUGGUGUGACAAGCUCAUCUGACUACAGUACCACGGAACCUCCCAGUACUCCAGAAAAAGGAUCUCAUAUUCCGGAAGCAACUCCCACAUACUCAGAAACAAAUACAAUUAUUGGUGAAGCUUCUACUUGGGACAAGGGAGCAUACAAAGCUUUCAACGGCCGUAUCUUCUCCUUUGAGUCAUCAUGCACGUACACUUUCUGCCGCCACUGCGUUGAAUCUGGAGAUUUCAAUAUUGAGAUCAAACGAAACAAUGAUAGUGAGAUUGAAAAAAUAACGGUUUUAAUUGACAAUAAUGACAUCUCUAUAUCUGGUGACACCAUUUUAGUUAAUGAAGAAAGUGUACAGAUACCAUAUAACAACAAGCUGAUUCACAUUAAAAAACAUGGAGAAUAUAAUGUCCUGAACAGCCGUAGAGGAAUUUUGUCUUUAAUGUGGGACAAAAAUAACAAACUCUCACUCACUCUUCACAAGCAAUAUCCAACUUGCGGUCUUUGUGGUAAUUUCAACACCACUCCAGGAGAAGACAUCAAUGAGCACAUUGCCAAGAGUAAAAUUGCUGGUGAUUGCCCUGAAGCUACUAGUAAAACCUAUCAAACUUGCGAAGAUGGAGUAGAGUACUGUAACAAAAUUAUUGGAACCUACUUUGAGGAAUGUGGAAAGGUUUCUGCCUUAUCCAGUGACUACAAAAAGGUCUGCAUUGAUGAGUAUUGCCAAAAUAGAGACAAAAAGUCGACAUGUGACACUUAUUCAGAAUUGUCCCGCCUUUGUGCCUCAGAUGGUCCCGGCACCUACGAAUCCUGGCGAGAUGAUUCUGAUGUGGUUUGCGAAAAACCUCAAUGCCCAGAAAAACAUGUCUACAAAGAAUGUGGCCCCUCAAAUCCUGCAACUUGUUCUAAUGUGGCUCCUUUUCAAGACAGUGAAUGUGUGAGUGGCUGCACCUGCCCAGAAGGUUAUCUGUUGGAUGACAUUGGAGAGAAAGGAAGAUGUGUAUUGAAGGCCGACUGUCCCUGUGAGUCUAAUGGAAACGUCUACUUGUCAGGAGACGUUCGAGAAGGUCCCUGUGGGUCUCAGUGCACAUGCCAAGAUGCAAAGUGGUCUUGCACUGAAGCAAUGUGUCCUGGAAGAUGUAAGGUGGAAGGAAGUUCAAUUACCACCUUCGAUGGUGAAAAAUAUAACCAUCCUGGAAACUGUCACUUUUUGGCCAUCCACGAUCAAGAUUGGUCUGUUAGUGUUGAGCUUCGUCCAUGUCCAAGUGGUAUGUCAGGAACGUGCUUAAAUAGUGUUACACUCGUCUUAAAUUCGUCUGGUUCGGUUGACAAAUAUGUAUUUAAUAGAGAUGGAACAGUCACAAAUGACAAGAUUGAAAAUCAACAUUAUUACUAUUCAGACAAAAUACAGAUUUUCAAGGCAUCUCUCUCAUACUUUCAAGUAGAAACAUACUCUCAUGUAAAAAUGCAAAUACAAACUGAUCCCGUGAUGCAAUUAUAUGUUUCCAUGCCACCUAACCAAUUCACAGACACUGUCGGACUCUGUGGCUCCUACAACAACAGAGCAGAAGAUGAUUUCAUGUCAAGUCAGAAUAUAUUGGAGAAGUCGUCUCAGGCUUUUGCUGAUUCUUGGGAAAUGAUGUCCUGUCCUAAAGGAAACCCAACUUCAUGCAUCAGCAUAGACACAGAAAGGUUUGCUGAAAGUCACUGUGGAAUUCUUCUUGAUUCAAAUGGGCCUUUUUCUUCCUGCCAUCCAAUUGUGAACCCUAAACCCUAUCAUGAGGAAUGCAAAAAAUACACUUGCAGUUGUGAAGAUGGUCAAGAAUGCCUGUGCACAAUUUUAGGCAACUAUGUGAAAGCAUGUGCUGAGAAAGAAACAUACAUAGUGGAAUGGAGAACUGGACGAUGCGAUCACUCUUGUCCAAGUGGCCUAGUUUUCAAGUACAAUGUAAAAGCCUGCAACAGUUCUUGCCGAUCCCUGUCAGAGAGCGAUAGGAGCUGUGAUGUAGAAGAUGUUCCGGUAGAUGGGUGCACUUGCCCUGAUGGGAUGUACAAGGAUAACGAAGGAAAUUGUGUUUCAAAGUCCCAGUGUGAGUGCUACAUGAAUGACGAGGUCAUAAAACCAGGCAAACUCAUCGAGAUUGAUGACAAUAAAUGUGUCUGUCGGGAUGGAAUUCUUCUUUGCCAGACUCCCAUUGAUUUAACCCACCAGAAUUGCUCUGGAGGGGCUGAAUAUGUUGACUGCAGUGAUCCCAAGGCACAGAGAAGGGUUGACAGUACAUGCAGCACUCGGAACAUACCUAAUUUUGAGGAGAACUCGCCUUGCAAACGUGGGUGCUACUGUCCAGUAGGAAUGGUUCGAGAUUCUAAAGGGAACUGUGUCUUUCCUGAUGACUGCCCUUGCUCUUUUGGUGGACGAGAGUAUAGCCAAGGAAGUGUCACCUCAGUUGGCUGCAACAAAUGUACUUGCAUGAAAGGAUCUUGGAACUGCACACAAAAUGAAUGUCAGAGUACCUGCCACAUCUAUGGGGAAGGUCACGUUCAAACUUUUGACAGAAAAAGUUACAGCUUUGAUGGGCUCUGCCAGUAUUCAUUUGUUGAGGAUUAUUGUGGCAGUGAAAAUGGCACAUUCCGCAUUUUAACUGAAAGCGUCCCUUGCUGUGAAGACGGCCUCACGUGCUCGAGAAAAAUCAUAGUUGCUUUUCAGGAUCAGAAUGUUAUCUUGCAAGAUGGUAAGGUAACAGCCAUCAAAACGACAGAAAGUAAGGAGUGUGAACUCAAUGGAAAUGCGUACACUGUGCAUACCGUUGGCUUAUACCUGAUUCUGAAAUUUGUCUCUGGAAUAACCGUGAUUUGGGACAAGAACACAAGAAUGACUGUUAUAUUGGAGCCAUACUGGAAUGGCAAAGUGUGUGGUCUUUGUGGAAACAGCAACGGCGAUCUCAAGGAUGAUUUCACAACGCGGUACUCCUCAGUAGCUACCGGAGCACUGGAGUUUGGAAAUAGCUGGAAGACGUCUCAAGAAUGUUCAGACACCGUAACUCAGACUUUCCCAUGUGACUCCAACCCCUACUGCAAAGCCUGGGCUGUGCGGAAAUGCGAGAUCAUCCGGGACAGCACCUUCAGAGAGUGCCACAGCAAGGUGGACCCCAGCACUUACUACGAUGCGUGCAUCGAGGAAGCCUGCGCCUGCGACAUGGAGGGCAAGUACCUGGGAUUCUGCACGGCUGUGGCCAUGUAUGCGGAGGCGUGCAGCGCGGUUGGGGUCUGUGUGGCGUGGAGAAAGCCCGACCUCUGUCCUGUCUACUGUGAUUAUUAUAAUGCCCCUGGAGAAUGCAGCUGGCAUUAUGAGCCUUGCGGGACGGUGACUGCAAAAACAUGCAAAGAUCGAGUUAUUGGCCAGAAAUUUUCUGCACUUUUAGAAGGUUGUUAUGCUAAGUGCCCGGAGAGUGCUCCUUACCUGGAUGAGAACACCAUGAAAUGCGUCAGGUUAUCCGAGUGCAGCUGCUUCUACAAUGAUGUCAUACCAGCAGGUGGAGUGAUCCAAGACAACUGUGGGAGAACAUGCUAUUGCAUCGCAGGAGAGUUGGCGUGCAGUGGAAUUGGUUCUGACAAUUCAACAGUUACAGUUUCUACUACAACAGCUACCUCCAUAUUAACCACCACAACAGCAAUUCCAUUGGCAGCCAGUAGCUCAGGCACAGCAACAUUCACUCCAGGGACUACAACAUCAAGCAGUGAGACAACAGGAACAACUCUAAGUCUACCCGUUGAAGCUUUUACUACAGGCCUUAUGAGUACUCCGUUUCCAGUCACCUUCACAGCUGGAAGUGCAAGCACCCCUGGAGCAGUGGGUCCCCUCUUCACCAGUCCUUGGCACGUAUCAGGGACCACUGGAUCAUCAGCAAGUACAACCACAGGAGCUAAAAAAACAAGUUCAGCUGACACAGGCUUCAGAGAAGCUGGAAUAGGGGCCCCUACUGCACCACCAGUGGAAACCGAGAAGAGCACACCCGGGGCAUCAAGCACAGGAGCAACAAGCACAGGAAAAGCAGGGACCUCAGAAGGACCAGAGGACUUCACCACCGCACCUGGGAGCCAGAGCACCAGCGGAGGAGACACAACUGCCCCAGGCACAACCUCGGGAGGCAGAGCGGGGACUACUGAGUCAUCAGCUGGGGAAACGACUAGAGCUCCAAGCAGUGAAGGGACACCCUCUGAGGAAGGCAAGUCAGGAACCACUGGAGGGGAAAAUGCAGCCACCACUGGAGCUGCUGGUGAAGAGACUUCUGGAGCAUCAGGUACACCUGGGACAUCAGGUGGCACAACUGUUGGAGGUAAAAGUACAUCUGAGUCACCCAGCAGUGGGACUACAAGUUCAUCAAAUAAGCUAGGAACAACUGGACAAUCUGCUGAAGGAUCAGGAACCACAAUAGUACCAUCAUCUGGAGUGACAGGAACAACCAUCACAUCAGCUGGAGAAUCAGGCAACACUAGAAAAACAGAAACAACUAGAUCACAUGAUGUAGGUUCACAGUCAACAGGACCUUCAUCUAAAGGAUUAAAGACAACAGAGGCAGCAACUGGAAUGCUAGGGACAACUGGUUCAUCCGCCAAAACACCAACUGGAGGAUUACAAACAACUGGAUCAGAAGCUGGAGGAUCAGGGACCACAGAAGUAUCAACUGGAGAAACAGGAACAACUGUAACAUCUGCUACAGGUUCAGAAACAACUCAACUAAUAUCUGAAACAGUAGGGACAACAAGACCAUCAGCUGUAGAGUCAGAGACAACUGGUGGAAUGUCAGAAAUCACUGGUGUAACACCUGAGGGAUUAGGAACAACUGGAAGAUCAGCAUCUGGAACAACUGAAUCAUCUUCUAAAGGUUCUAGAACAACUGAAUCACCAUCUGAAGGAACUGGGACAACCAGAACCCCAGCAGAAGAAAAAGAAACAACUGGUCCAACAGCUGAAAUGCCAGGAUCCACUGGUGUAACAACUGGAAGAUCAGGGACAACUGGAACAUCAGAAUCUGGAACAACUGGGUCACCUGUUAAAGGUUCUAGAACAACUGAAUCACCAUCUAAAGGAACUGGGACAACCAGAACCCCAGCAGAAGGGAAAGGAACAACGGUCUCAAUGGGUCACAUGUCAGGAACUACUGGUGAAACAUCUGAAGGAUCAGGGACAACUGGAACAUCAGGAUCUGGAACAACUGAAACAUCUGCUAAAGGGUCUCAAACACCUGAAUCAUCAUCUGAAGGACCUGCAACAAGCAGGCCAUCUGAGGGAGGGACAGGAACCACUGGCCCAACAGGUGGAAUGUCAGGAACCACUGGUGUGGCACCUGGGGAAUUUGCAACAACUGGAUCACCUGCUCAGGGUUCUGGGACAACAGAAUCACCAUCUAAAGGAACUGGAACAACCAGAACCCCAGCCGAAGGGAAAGGAACAACUGGUCCUACAGCUGAAAUGCCAGGAUCCACUGGUGUAACACCUGGAGGAUCAGCGACAACAGGAACAUCAGAAUCUGGAACAACUGGAUCACCUGUUAAAGGUUCUACAACAACUGAAUCACCUUCUAAAGGGAUUGGGACAACCAGAACCCCAGCAGAAGGGAAAGGAACCACGGUCUCAAUGGGUCACAUGUCAGGAACUACUGGUGUAACAUCUGAAGGAUCAGGGACAACUGGAACAUCUUUCAGAGGUUCAGGUACAACUGAAUCAUCAUCUGAAAGACCAGGGACAACCAGGUCAUCCGCUGGAGGGACAGGGACAACUGGCCCAACAAGUGGUAUGUCAGGAACCACAACUGUAGCACCUGUAGGAUCAGGGACAACAGGAACAUCUUUCAGAGGUUCAGGAACAACUCAAUCACCAUCUGAAGGAACUGGGACAACUAGAACCCUAGCAGAAGAGAAAGGAACAACUGGUCAAACAGCUGAAAUGCCAGGAUCCACUGGUGUAACACCCAGAGGUUCAGGGACAACUGUAAGAUCAGAAUCUGGAGCAACUGGAUCAGCUGCUACAGGUUCAGGAACAAGUGAAUCAUCAUCUGAAAAAACUACAACAACCAGACUAUCAGCUGAAGGGACAGGAACAACUGUCUCAACAGGUGGCAUGUCAGGAUCCACUGGUGUAACACCCGCUGGAUCAGGGACAACUGGAUCAUCAGCUAAAGGUUCAGGCACAAUUGAAUCCUCCUCUGAAAGAACAGGGACAACCGGAUCAUCCACUGGAGGGACAGGAACCACUAGUCCAACCGGUGAAAUGUCAGGAACCACUGUUGUGCCACCUAUGGAAUCAGCGACAACUGGAUCAUCUGUUAAGGGUUCUGGAACAACUGAAUCACCAUCUGAAGGAACUGGGACAACCAGAACCCUAGCAGAAGGGAAAGGAACAACUGGUCCAACAGCUGAAAUGCCAGGAUCCACUGGUGUAACCCCCCCAGGUUCAGGGACAACUGUAGGAUCAGAAUCUGGAGCCACUGGAUCAUCUGUUAAAGGUUCAGGAACAACUGAAUCAUCAUCUGAAAAAACUAAAACAACCAGACCAUCAGCUGAAGGAUCAGGGACAACUGGAUUUGUAGCUGGUACCACUAGAUCUACUCAAGGAAGAUCUGGAUCAUCAACUGAAGUGGGAAGAACAACGAUGAUGCCAGGAAGUGAUAUUACCACAUCUGGAGGUGCAUUCAGAGAGUCAGUAGGAGCUACCACCCAGCCAAGCAGAGGAAGCACAGCUGGAGCAGGAGCCUCUGGGGCCACCUCUGCUGGGAACCAAGCAGGCACAACUGAAGAAUCAUAUGGAGAAACCACUGAAGCAGGCGAAAGCACAACCAGAUUAACCACACCUGUCUCAGGUUCCAUAAGAAGCACCUCUGGCUCAACAAUUCCAUCAGAAAGUUCCACUGUAGGCCCAGAGAACAAAGUUCUACCAGAACUCAUUGUAGUGCCACCAGGACAGGCUAAAGUAACAGAGGCCACGACUACCAGAGGAGGUGCGGGCAUCACUGGAAAUGGAUUCAGAACAGGUACCACUGUAUCAUCAGAAAGUGAAGUCACUGGGAAGAAAACAGGCACCACUGGGGUAACUCCUGGCACAACUGUUGCCCCAGGCAGUUCCAAAACAGAGGCCACAACUUUCCUUGGGGAAAGUGAAACAACUACAGUUGGAGUAGAGACAGGUACUACUGGUAUAGCCUCUGGAGAAACCCCAGGACCUGGAAGUUACAUCACAGGUAGCACCACGCUUUCACCUGGAGCCAGCAGCAGCUCACAGAAAACCAAACCAGGCACCUCUGCCACACCAGGGAGCCCAGAGACUGGAAGUGAAACAGGUGCUACACAGGGACUCACUAGGACAACCAGUGUAUCUGAAGGUUCCAACACAGAGGCCACAACGUUAACAGAAAGCAGUGGCACUUCUGGAACUGGAUUCAGAACUGGUACCACCACGCUUUCACCUGGAGCCAGCAGCAGUUCGCAGAAAACCAAGCCAGGCACCACUGUCACACCUGGAAGUUCGGGGACUGGAAGUGAACCAGGUACUACUGGUAUAGUCUCUGGAAAAACUCCAGAACCUGGACCUUACACCACAGAGGCCACAACUUCCAUGGGAGGAAGUGGGACCACCCAAGCAGGACUUCUGGAAGGUACCACAACACUUUCACCUGGAGCCAGCAGCAGUUCACAGACAACCAAGUCAGGCACCUCUGUCACACCAGGGAGUCCAGGGACUGGAAGUGAAACAGGUGCUACACAGGAAUUCCCCAGGACAACCAUUAUACCUGGUAGUUCCCACACAGAGGCCACAAUGGUAACAGAAAGCAGUGGCACUUCUGGAAGUGGAUUCAGAGGUGCUGGCACUCCUGGAACAGGAUCCAGACCCGGCGCCACUGCAAUGCCACAAGGCCAAUCAACUGGGAGUGUGACAGGCACCACUGGCCCAGCUGUUGGCACAACUGUUGCACCUGGCAGUUCCAACACAGAAGCCACAACUUCCACAGGAGGCAGUAAGGCUACACAGGGAAGAUUGCCAGGAGGCACCUCUGUCACACCUGGGAAUCCAGGGACUGGAAGUGGAACAGAGGCUACAACAUCAACAGAAGGCAGUGGCACAUCUGGAACUGGAUUCAGAACUGAGGCCACUACUUCCACGGAAGGAAGUGGGACUACCCAAGCAGGACUUGUAGGAGGUACCACAACACUUUCACCUGGAGCCAGCAGCAGUUCACAGAAAACCAAGCCAGGUACCUCUGUUGCACCAGGGAGUCCUGGGACUGGAACUGAGACAGCUACUACAACAUCAACAGAAGGUAGUGGCACAUCUGGAACUGGAUUCAGAACUGAGGCCACUACUUCCACAGAAGGAAGUGGGACUACCCAAGCAGGACUUGUAGGAGGUACCACAACACUUUCACCUGGAGCCAGCAGCAGUUCACAGAAAACCAAGCCAGGCACCUCUGUCACACCUGGGAGUCCAGGGACUGGAAGUGAAACAGAGGCUACAACAUCAACAGAAGGCAGUGGCACAUCUGGAACUGGAUUCAGAACUGAGGCCACUACUUCCACGGAAGGAAGUGGGACUACCCAAGCAGGACUUGUAGGAGGUACCACAACACUUUCACCUGGAGCCAGCAGCAGUUCACAGAAAUCCAAGCCAGGUACCUCUGUCGCACCAGGGAGUCCUGGGACUGGAACUGAGACAGCGGCUACCACAUCAACAGAAGGCAGUGGCACAUCUGGAACUGGAUUCAGAACUGAGGCCACUACUUCCACUGAAGGAAGUGGGACUACCCAAGCAGGACUUGUAGGAGGUACCACAACACUUUCACCUGGAGCCAGCAGCAGUUCACAGAAAACCAAGCCAGGCACCGCUGUCACACCUGGGAGUCCAGGGACUGGAAGUGAAACAGAGGCCACAAUGGUAACAGAAAGCAGUGGCACUUCUGGAAGUGGAUUCAGAGGUGCUGGCACUCCUGGAACAGGAUCCAGACCCGGUGCCACUGCAAUGCCACAAGGCCAAGCAACUGGGAGUGUGACAGGCACCACUGGUCCAGCUGUUGGCACAACUGUUGCACCUGGCAGUUCCAACACAAAAGCCACAACUUCCACAGGAGGCAGUAAGGCUACACAGGGAAGAUUGCCAGGAGGUACCACUGAAGAGUUUUCUGGAACAACUGUUACAUCUGGAGGUUUUAACACAGGUACCACUAGGGUAGCUUCUGGCACUACACUUGAACCUGGGAGUUCAAACACAGAAGCUACAACACUCCCUAGAGGCAGUGGAACCACAGGAAGCAAUACAGGUUCUACUGGAGUGGCCCCUGGCAGUACCAUCUCAUCUGGAAGUUCCAACACAGGAGUCACCACUGGCACAUCUGAGAGUUCAAGUCCUGGAAGUAAAACAGGAACCACUGGUGUGGUCUCUGGCACAACAGUUGCACCUGGAAGUUCCAACACAGGGGCCACAACUUCUUCGGAAAGUGGUGGAACCACUGAGGGUGAAAUGAAAAUAGUUACCACUGAGGUCACUACUGGCACAACAACUGCACCUGGGAGUUCCAACACAAAGACUACAACUUUUACAGAAGUUGAAACUACCACUGGAGUUGGAAUGGUAACUGGUACUACUACAGGGUCUGCUGGAGCUUCCAGGGGCCCAGGGAGUCCCAGUCCUGCUACUACUGUAGUAUCAAGUGGAAGUACUGGUGGCCCAGAAAGUUCCAGUCCAGGUACCUCCCAGGAAGCAUCUGAAACGACCAUUGCUUCUGGAAUUUCUACCACGGAAGCCACUGCAGUAGCAACAGGAGAUCAAGAAACUAAAAAUAAAGCAGGCUGUCCAGCACCACUUCCACCACCUCCAGUUUGCCAUGGUCCACUGGGAGAAGAGAAAUCACCUGGAGACACAUGGACUGCUAAUUGCCACAGAUGCACCUGUACCAAUGCUAAUGCGGUGGACUGUAAACCCAAGGAGUGCCCUUCUCCCCCCACAUGCAAAACUGAAGAGAGGCUUGUAAAGUUCAAAGAUAAUGACACCUGCUGUGAAAUUGGAUACUGUGAACCAAGAACAUGUUUAUUUAACGAUACCAACUAUGAGAUUGGUGCUUUUUUUGAUGACCCCAACAACCCAUGCGUCUCCUACUUCUGCGACACAACUGGUUUCCGUGCAGUGGUCGAAGACUGCCCCAAGCAGACCUGGUGUGCAGAAGCAGACCGAGUCUAUGAUUCAAAAAAAUGUUGCUAUAAAUGUAAUACCAAUUGCAGAUCUUCACUUGUCAAUGUGACUGUUAAGUACAAUGGUUGCAAGAAAAGACUUGAGAUGGCAAGAUGCGUAGGGGAAUGCAAACAGACCAUCAAGUACAAUUAUGAUAUCUUUCAGUUGGAAAAUUCCUGCCUUUGCUGCCGAGAAGAAAACUAUGAGUUCAGAGACAUCAUUCUUGACUGUCCUGGUGGCAAAACCUUGUCUUACAGAUACAGGCACAUCACAGCAUGUUCUUGCUCAGACAAGUGCCAUCAAUCUUCAUCCUCAGCGAGCAUGUAAUGUUAACAUUACCUUUCCAGUUGUAACAGGCGGGUAUUUAUUUUAUAAGUGAACAAAAAUCAGCACUCACUUGUGAGAAUAAUGAAACACUGUAUCUCUAUGCAAAAGUGAAUUCUCAUUAUGAGGCAUUUUGUUCUUUUGUUGACUGAAUCUGGAAAAAUAAAUACAAUUUU